AUGGUCCCUUUCGAGCGGCGGGAAAGAGAUGAGGAGAUGGGACAGCAAAGGAGGAGGCACAAACACGUAUGGGAGGGUUCAGUCGUGCGCGAGAGCGGGAAUCUUUUCGCCUCCCAGCCGACGCUCGCGCUAGAGCUCUUCUCGUCGCUCGCCUCUCGGAUGCUCGUCGGUCGAGGCGUCGUGUGUGCCCUCUGCGUCGCCGCCUCGACAUUCCAUCCUCCGGCACUCGCUGCACAAAUUGACAGCAGCUCGCCGGCCGCAGUCGCUGCUAUCUCGACGGACAGCGCGCCCGCGCGAAGCCGGGACGGCCGGUUCGUCGAGGUUACAAAGCAGCAGGCUGAGGCACUCAGGGAAGCGGCGAGCAAGGAGAAGUUGCCGACACCGCCGCCCGGGUCGGACCUCGAGCAGAUGCUUUCGGCCGGGGGCGGCGGCAGCACCGAUCCACGGGCCCAUGCGAGGUGA